UUUAAAAUUUACAAAUAGGUCCAAUGGUAUGGUAUGCUUUAAGAAACUUGUGGUAGGCUUUGAUAAACUUGUGACAUGUUUUAAUGAACUUGUGAUAUGUUUUGAUAAACUUAUGGAAUGCUUAUCCUUCCCUUUCCGUCCCUCUUCCCACUUGUGGUAUACUUUAAUAAACUUGUGGUAAGCUUAGAUAAGAUUUUGAUAUACUUUAUGAGAUUUGUGAUCUACUUUGUAGGACUUGUGGUCUGCCUUAUGGUAUGUUUUAUGAGGUUUCUUGUAUACUUUGUCGGACUUGUGGAAUGCAUUAGAGGACUUUGUGCUAGUCGGGCUCGCCACACAAUACUAUAUAUACCCGAUCGCCGGCAACACAAACAAGCGAUUCCCAUCCCUGCCAAGGCCGCGGUAAGCAUCUUGUCCAUCUAAGUCGCCAUCAUAGUCACUGGGACGGUCGGCUUCCUAUGGAACAAAAGAGGAAGCAAUCCAAAGCCCCAAACGUUUGUCCGUUUAUAAUUAGCUUUGCUUUUGUUAAUAAAUAGGCUUCCUCCUCCUUUUCAUCAUCCCACAAAUCAAGCUUGUCGGCGGGAACCUCCGUGGCAGCCUCCGUCGUGGUCACUCGAUAGGUUGCCCAAGACUUCCUCCCGUGAUGACGAGGAUUUUCAAUUUUUUUAAAUGACAAUCGUGUCCUUUUAUGAAAAAUUAUAAUUAAUUAUGAUCAACACUUAAAACAAGAAAUGUAAUCUAAACUAAAUGUUCUGAUUAGCUCGAGCUAUUGUUAGUGUGGUGCUAACAAAGUUAGCACCAUAGCCAAAUUCUCUUAGACUUACAUGUUUAACUCAAACACAACAAUGACUUAUAUAUUUUUCCGAUAUUUGUCACUAAUAGCGUAACUAAUGGAUGAUCUUAUGAUAGAUGGUCGUACAUUUUACUAGUUGAUUACAAUUUUUCCUCGUUAACCUCAUUUGACAAGUUGAGCUCGAGUCAAACUUAAACUUCUAUCUUUGUAAACAAGCCGAGCUUGAACUUGGAAUUAUAAGUCCGAACCAUAUAUACAUACGUUGUUUUUUAUCUCGUGGACGAAGGCAGCAAUGUUCAAACUUCAUUCAUCAAAAACUUGUUCAAACUUAAAUGAUCGUAUGCAACACACUUUGUGGCCUUUUUUGGUGAUCUAAAUUAGGAGGCUUUACCUUUAAGGCGCCUGAUUUGAUCGACAAAACAAAAGGUUAGUGAAAAUAGUACGUCAUGAGGCGACUAUGAAUAAUUCUUCUUUUUCUUCUUCUGUAUCCCCAUCAAAGAAUGACGAUUGAUUUUAACUUCCAAAUGAUCAAUUAGACCCUAGCUAUCAAAUGGAAGUUUGCCACCAUAAAUUCAUACUUCGACAUCGACUUGAGCUGGGUGGUCUUGUCUUUUUAAUUCGCAUUUUUUAACAAAAGUAAAAGUAAGGGUGAAACUUCAAACUAUUGAUGAACAUUUAGUGCGUAACUAUAGAAUGUAGUUGGUUAAAAGCAAUGCCAAAUCUUCAACAAGAUCUUAUACAUGUAAUGUAGGGUAGAAUGGUAGAUACCAUAUUUUUGCUUCUGGACACCAGUAAAAUUUUAUGUUCGUGUCACAUGUAUGGUUGUUUGCUUGGUCUUUUUUUUUUUUUUUUGGCCGUUUAGCUAGAUUAACAUUAUUUCUUGUCAUUUCACCUUGUACUCGGUAUUUAACAAACACAUUUUAGUACCAUAUAGUUUAUUGAUUUAUUGAUUUUUAAAUGGCAAAAUACAUUUUUUUGAAUGAUUAAAAGAUACUAUGUGCAUUGCAUAUUUAUGUUGCCCUUUCUCAUUUGGAAUGAAAUACAAUAAUUAAGGAAAAUUCUUGCGUCCAACUCCGUUAGAGCUACAAGCUUCAACCUGCCAUUUGGCAGCAUAUUAGUGGUUACUUAAUCUUCCGUUUUCUCUUAUUUUUAAUGUCCUUAUUAUUGCUUUAAAAUUAACCAUAUUAGGAAUUAAAAAAUGAAAAGAAAAAACAACUUGGACGGAAACGGAAGAAGACGGAUGGAAAGGAUGCAACUUCUAGGUUAUUAAUCUAAUUAGGUCAUAUUUGUUAAUGUAAUUAGGUCAUAUCCGUCUUCUAUGAAGUUGCAGCCUUUCCAUCCGUCUUCUUCUGUUUCCGUCCAAGUUGUUUUUUCUUUUCAUUUUUUUAAUUCCUAAUAUGGUUAAUUUUAAAGCAAUAAUAAGGACAUUAAAAAUAAGAGAAAAGGGAAGAUUAAGUAACCACUAAUAUGCUGCCAAAUGGCAGGUUGAAGUUUGUAGCUCCAACGGGGUUGGACACAAGGAUUUUCCAAUAAUUAAUGGGUAGAGAUUGAACUGCAAUUAAUUAAUGGGUAGAGAUUGAACUGCAAAAGGAAAAAAAAUAUUCAUUAAGCGAAAGAGGUAACAUUUCAUUAAAAAAAAUUGAAGACGUGGGGAAAUCUCACCUCUCUCCGCCGCCACAGGAGUCAGAUCGGCGAGUGGGUGUUUGCUGUGAUCUUAUCGAUUCUUGCAGUUUGCGUUCGUAAUCAAAGACGAGAGGCUGAUUGGAGUGCCUCUUUCAGUUCUCCUUGUCGUCCCGAGGUGGUGGUGCGGAUCAGGAAGACGGAUGGUUCUUCCCCGUAUCUGACUGACCGCCAGAGCCUCGCUUCUCGGUACGCUUUCACGCCAAUACCAAAUACCAAUCUAGAUUAAGGAUUGGAUUUCAUGCCAAAACCAAAUACCAAUCCAGAAUAAGGAUUGGAAAAAGGAAAUUUGAGGGACCAAUCAGGGGUGAUGCCGCCUGGAUCCCUGCUAAGUGCCAUCGCCCGUGCAAACAUUCUGUUUGGAGUCUCAAACUCCCAUCGUCUAUGAAGCUUGAGGAGGAGACUCGGGAGUUACCGGUGGCGUCUGUAAUUACUGCUGAGGAUAUCACUAAGCGCCCAUUGAUGGCCAACAAAGGGCCCGAUGGAGCUGAGGUUUGUCGGAAGUCUACCGUUGGAGAUAGAGUCUCUGGACGAAAUAAUAUCGGCGACCAAACCCAGAACCGGUGGUUGGGUGAGGAAGUGGUUGUGAUCAACUCAAUCUCCUGAGAAUCUCGCCCCGAGAUUUGGGAAAUUUCCCCUAAUUUGAUUUUGCGCAAUUCGCCGUUCAAGCAGAGUCAUUUCCCCUUUAAAACUCAAAUUCACCGCAACCAACUCGGACGAUGCAAAUCCGGGGACGCGUCUUCUAGGCUAUUUAAUGCCUUGCUCCACUGCUCUGCUUCUCUAGUUUUUUGUUGCCGAACAGUGAAGUCAGAUUCCAAGCACAGUGUUGAGGGUGUUGUUCCCAGCUUGCCUCCGUGUUCAGGUAAGCCCACAUUCUCGCCAGCCCCUCUUUAUUUAAUCUAGUCCUGCCUUUCACUAAUGUGGAGGCAGCAGGUGGCUAGAGAAGGGUAGUCCGCUGCCGAUUAAGGUCAGCCGGCCAACUAACAAACCUGAUUUUGCUUGUUCCCUUCAGAGUGCUAAAAUGGCGCGCAUGUCUCUUCACACCAGGUGGUCCAAUUCUCCAUGGAGGAGGUUCAGUCAACCAAAUAUAGGACCACUCAUUCGCUUUUGGAAUGUCUCUUUACGGAGAGUCGGGUUACGGUCAUGGAAGUCAGGGAAGCAGUUAUCGCGCCAUGGCAAGUGAAAGGACGAUUAAAAGUGGUGAUGUCAAAAUAUGGGUUGUUCGUAUUUAUUAUGCCAUCUGAGGAAGCUAAGAGCUGGGUUCUCAAGAUAACGCUAUGGGUAGUCAAGGAUUUGAUCUUGCACCUUAGACCAUGGGCCCCAAUCAUCUCUCAAAAAAUUUGAUGAUCUUGCCAUGGUCCCUUUACGUAUCCAAAUGUGGAAUGUUAAAGAGGAGUGUUGUACCCAGCAAUUCGAACGAAAGAUGGCAUCCAAUAAGCUUGGCCAUUUCCUGGAGGUUGGUGUAUUUGCAAGUCAUGAGAUUGGGGAACGUUUUGUAAAAGUGAGAACGGUGCUGGAUCUCACCAAGCCAUUACGUUGACAAAUUAUGGUGGCCAAUGAUGAUCCAAGGUUCUUCUGGGUUGCCCUGAAAUAUGAGUAUUUACCCUCGUUCUGCUUUCGUUGUGGUUGGGUGGGGCAUUUUCUCAAUGAGUGUGUCUUUGAGCCUCCGACUGGCAAGGAGAGGUUUGGACCGCAUAUGUCCACUAAGAAGGUGGGUAUACGAGUCUAUGAUGUUGCAGAUGAACCCUAACAGUACAGGGGUAAUUCGAAAUCUGUGUGGCUGAAUACAGAAGUGGGCGAACUCCGGGAGGAGAAGCUUGGCAAUCGGUCUCGUCCUAUGGAGCUGGAGGAGGAGAUUCGAGGGAAGCUACGAGAGAGUAAGAGGAUCGGAAGUCCUGGGCCUGUUUUUCGGAGGAAUGCGAUUUUUAAAAAGAACCGCCGAAGUCUGAAGUGGUUCCCAAUCACGAAAUCUCCAAGGUUGAAGAUUGAGCGAAGGAUGCGGUAUCAUGAACAUAGUCAAGGGUGGGAUGUAACUGCUAGGGGCCGCAAUAACAUGGAUGCGUCUUCUGGUAAUGAGGGAAGAGGCCGGCCAUCUAGGCUUGUCACGUCCAAAAAUGAUGAUGGAGUUGUGGGUCCGACGGGGCCUAAGAAGGGGUCGGCUCUUGAGGGGUAUCGGAGGCGGUUGAUCCUUGAUAAUUCAGAGGAGGAAGGGAACCCGAUGCCUGCAGUGGUGAGAACCCUGCAUCGGGACCAAGUGAAGGAAAGAAAUGGAGGGCAGCGUCUUGUGAAAAUGUCGACCAAAGGUAAUCUGGGCCUGGAGCAGCCCCAUCCCCCAUCUAGUUCAUCGUUGCACCAAGGAAACAAACUGGUGAUACACGAUGGGGAGAACCAGGAUAUUCUAGUUCCUUCUCCUCCCAUGCGUGCUGAAGCUAAACUUCCUUCCUCUGGUGUUGAGAAUCUAGAGGACUCGGCGAAUUCCUCGUCUGAGGAGGAUGCGGCUUUCUUUGAGCUUAAGUGUCGUUCACCAAAACCACCCUGUGUGAAACCUCUUCGUUCUCUCAAAGGCCGAGUGGGCAAGGUAGUUGCGCCUUUUGAGUUGGGACUCGCUAUCAAUUAUGGGGUCAUCGGUGGCCGGCUGGAGAAGCAAUUAGCUCCUGAGGAUGUGGCUCAGAUGCGCGAGUGGGAGGAGGAGGAGGCAGGGGAGCCUCCCCAGUUCAAUGAAUAUGGAACGAACUUGCUCGAUCCAUAUAUUGGGGGCGUAAGCGCCCGAUAACUUAUGUGGAGGGAGAAGUGGGGGAUAAUGCAAAUCCCAAAAAAUUAUUCGUGGACGAAGAAACUGGUAAGGCGGAGGACACUGGCCUGAAAUGGUUCCAAUCAGAUAAAUGAAGCUUCUCGCAUGGAAUGUGAGAGGAAUUGGGUCAUCCCUCACAUUUCAGACAGCUAUUGGUUUGAUUCAUUCCAAUAAAUCAGAAGCAAGAUCGCGCCGUAGAGUCCUUUCCCGCCGUUUGCGGGGCUUAGGUUUUGAUAAUUCUCAUUGUUUUUUUGUUGAUGUCGUUGACACCGCUAGUGGUAUUGUUUUAGCUUGGGCCCCCAAAGUUCCAGCUUCGGUAUUUUUUCAUUCCAAUUUUUGUAUUUGUGUUCAAAUUAAUGAAGUGGAUUUUUCUUAUAUUGUGGUUUUCGUCUAUAUUAGUUGCAUUGAAGCAAUAAGAGUUGAUCAACUAGCUCGGUUGCUUGAUAUCUGUGAGGAUUUCGUCCUACCUUUUGUGGUAAUAGGCAAUUUUAACGUAACUGUGAAUGAGAGUGAAAAAGAUGGUGGCAAGCCUUGGAGUGCCACCCAAGCUGUACUUCUCCGAAAUUUCGUGACUGAUCUGGGUCUCCAUGACCCAGGAUACCAAGGAGAUCCGUUUACUUGGACCAACAAACGUAUGGGGUCCGCCAGUAUCCGUGAAGGCCUUGACAGGGCCCUUUGCUCUCAAAGUUGGGUUGAAAAAUUCCCUGAUACCCUCGUCCAGCAUUCACGGACCAAGGGUCUGAACACCGCGCUUUGCUCCUAUCUAAUAAGCCUUACGUUCAUAACAGUCGGCCCGUAUUCCGUUUCGAUGCCCGCUGGGCUAAGAAUCCUGAAGUUCGGCCCAUGGUCGCGUAUGUUUGGCAAGAGGAGAUCUCUGGUACUCCUAUGUAUCAACUCUGGGAGAAACUUAAGAACUCUGUCAUUUGCUCUACGACUGGAGCAGGGCGUGUACUACCAAUUCCCUCCAAAAUAUAAAAGCCCUCCAGGCAGAGAUUGACCGGGUUAAACUACAAUCUCCAAUAGAUUGGGACACAGUUAAGACCUUGGAAACGGAAUUGACCAGACAGUGGGAUGCAGAAGAAAUAUACUGGCAACAGAAAUCAAGGGUCCGAUGGUUAAAAAAGGGGGGGAUCAGAUGUUCUCGUAUUUUCACACGGUCACUAGGGCUGGGCGUAAGCAUAAUUACAUGGUUGGUCUAAGAAAUGAACAUGGGGAUUGGGUAACUGAGGACGGGGAUGAUAACGAUGUAAUUGCACAUGUUUGCACCCCUAGUUCUUAUCCGUUUGUGGGGCGUAGUCGUGUAUUUUUGGCCUAUUUUACGCCGGGUUGUGCUACUUUGUCAUAUUUCAGGUCCCAGACGUCGAAAGAAAGGCUAAGCACGAGUUUCGGGGCAUUUGGAAGUCAUUUGAUCGAGCUGGAUCCAAAGCACGGGCUCGCCUAAAUCAAAGCACGGCCGUGUA